CUUGAAUUGGCCUCUCUCAAGGACAGAAUCAUCCCGAAUCAACGGCAAGAUGGCUGAUCUGGUUGUAGGAAGGUUGCUCCGCUGUGCCGACGGUAAGAUGGUUAAACUCCGUCUUGCGGGGUAGUGGAAUCCGAGCAGCCAUAUAUAUCCGCAAUGCCUUCUAUACGACAGCCCAGACGUGUUUUUCCUAGAGCUAGAAUACCGAAACUACCAGACUCGAAAACUCGUACACUAUGACGGACAAGGAACCCAUCGUCACACACAUCUAUACUGCGGACCCUUCAGCUCAUGUUUUCAACGGCAAGCUUUACAUCUAUCCCAGCCAUGACCGCGAAAACGAUAUCGAAGACAACGACAAUGGAUGUCAGUAUGAUAUGUCCGAUUACCAUGUUUUCAGCAUGGAGGAGGUGGGCGGGCCCGUUACGGAUCACGGUGUAGUGCUCAAGCAGGAGGAAGUUCCCUGGGCUGCCAAACAACUCUGGGCGCCAGACGCAGCGUACAAAAACGGAAAAUACUAUCUAUACUUCCCUGCCAGAGAUAAGGAUGGGGUAUUCAGAGUUGGUGUGGCUAUCGGGGACAAGCCGGAGGGACCGUUCAAGGCAGAAGCGGAACCAAUCAAGGAGAGCUUCAGCAUCGAUCCAGCAAGCUUUGUUGAUGACGACGGAGAAGCAUAUCUGUACUUUGGCGGCAUCUGGGGCGGCCAACUGCAGUGUUGGACCUCCGGUAGAUUCGACCAGGCCGCAUAUACGAAUAUGGAACCUCAGGAAGGAAACGCACUCUGCGCCAAAGUGGCCAAGCUCAGCGACGACAUGAAAUCAUUCGUGUCAGAGGUGAAGGAUGUGUUUAUCCUGGACGAAGCCGGCGAGCCCUUGAAGGCUCCAGACCACGAUCGGAGGUUCUUCGAAGCCGCCUGGAUGCACAAGUACAAUGGGAAAUACUACUUCUCCUACUCGACCGGCGACACACAUUACCUCUGCUACGCUGUCGGCGACAACCCCUUCGGUCCUUUCACGUACGGGGGGAGGAUCGCAGAGCCAGUUGUAGGCUGGACUACACAUCAUUCCAUUGCAGAAUUCAAGAACAAAUGGUACCUGUUCUACCAUGAUAGCUCGCUCUCAAAGGGCGUGAAUCAUCUGAGAUGCGUAAAAAUAAGGGAAAUCGUGUACGACAAGGACGGUAAGAUUGAGCUGGCUGAGCCGCAGCCCAAAGUCUAGGACACAUAACUAGACCUGGAUAUUCUGUGUAUGUUCAAUACGUUUUAUUCUUGUUUCAAUAUACAAGCUUCGAG